CGUCUGCUCGCAAAGAUGACAAAGAUGACACUUCUGUGUAGGCGCCAGGGUCUUGUUUGUCAGGUUCGUGCCUGGUCUUUGGGCAGUACGAGGUCUUUUGCGACCUAAUCUCCCAAGAUACAGCUUACCAAAUGGUUGUCCCUUCAUUGCAGGGCCUCUAUAAAGGUUCCCUGUUGCCGAGCCCCGUCUACAAAUUCUCUCGUCAGGAUCCGAUAAUGCAAUUUUCUUCUCUGGACUAUGCAUCUGCCAAAAGUACGCAUGGCACGGGUAAGAAGAAGCACACCAAACCAGUUGCAAAGGAACCAGUAUAUACAAAACGAGAUUUGCCAGCUGUCACGCCUACUACCUUGUAUUGGUACCAGCCCGUCGGAGAAAAACAUAACAAGACCAUCUACGAGGCGCAUAAAUUGGCCAACCAGGAGGAUUGCAACCAGAUCAGCGAGUGUUACUGGGGUCGUUGGAACAAGACUGCUACGUUUCACCCCAAGGCCAUCGUCACCUACCCGUACAAUAUGACUGGAAAAGACUCGAAGAAACUUGGUCUCUUCCACUGCAUGUUGGAGAAUCCUGAGGGGUUCAAGCACAAAAGAGAGGAGGAGGAUGAUGGUGGAACCUGGCCAAUAUUUCACCAGUGCUCACCUUAUGCACGCACCUCGCUAGAGAAGGGUGAAGAUGGUAAGGAGAAGAAUGUGACGAGAAUUGUUCCCAAUUGCGCCACUCCUACCGUUAAUAAGUAAGGCGCUCCGGUGAGAAAUGGAACUGCAUAAGGCUGGCCCAUAUGUAGGCACCCUGUCGGCUGUUUCGUAUCAGAAAGAGCAGCAAGCUGCAGUAUUCGAGAGUAGCUUCUUGCUAUGAGAAGUGAUCGCCCUGUGCGCAUACCCAUCUAGACUUGCUCCUCGCUGAUAGUCGCUAUUGCAUUGUCCAUGGCCACUGCAAAUGCUUGAUGUUCGUCUACCAUCUGAAAUCCUAGCCUCCCACACCAGCGAC